UUUAUUUUAUUUAUUUAUAAUUUAAAAUAUUGGUUAUUAAAUGUUUCACCACAUUCAAAUUAGAAGGAGAUGUAUCAUUGUAACGUGAAUCACGAAAACUGAUUCAAUUAGCUUCUAUCUCUUCACCCUCCUUCUCUCUCCAAAUGAUUAAAACAUGAUAAAUCAGAAAAUAAAUUCAGAAUCAUCCAAUUUACAAAGAAAAGAAACAUUCUAAUAUCUAGUAUAAACACUAUUCAUGUAGAGAUUUUGGAUUCAUCCAAAAAUAUUUGGUUGGUUUUUUACUAGAACCAUCUUGGUUGCUAGCAUUAUUGUUUUCAUAAUCAUUUCACAUGGAGAAAGGCAUUGUAUUGUAUCCAGUCCUAUAUAUCAUCACCAUGUAAAUCGGAUUUUAAUUUGUAAUUUUGUAUAGCACAAAUACAUAAAAAUCAAAAUUUUCUAAACCCCAUCUUACUACCUAGAAAUAUGGAGAAGAAAAGGAUAAUUAAAGUAAGCAAGAAAGAAAGAAGAAAGACUUCCAAAGAAUGCUAAUAACCAAGGGAUAAUUAAAGUAAGAGCAAGAACAAAGAAAAAAGAAAGACUAACAACAAAGAAUGCUAAUUAGCAUUGAAUUUGUAUUGUUCCCAAAAAAAAAAAAUUCAUCUUACAAUGAAAGAAAUUCAAGGAAGGGGAAGUAGAAGAAUACACAAAUAAAACCCCACUUUCAAGUUUUUACUUUUCUUUUUUUCCUUCUUAUUUUCAAAGGAAAAAAAAAAGGAGUUUUGUGAUAUUGGAUAUGAUUUUUUGGUAAUUGGAGAAAUAAUUACCAUAAAAAAUUGAAAGCCAUGAUGGAGAAUUCUGGCUAUGAACGUGUCAGAAAUUAUGAUGAAUGUGAUGAGAAUGAAGAAAGGAUGCAUCUCAAUCCGAUUAAUAGAACAAAGAAAGAUGCCAAAGAAAAUGGUGAUGUAGAGAUGGCUAAUUUGCAAGUCUCAGAAUCAAGACGUGGCAUUAUAUUUUCCAAUGCAAAAGAUAAUAAUAAUAAUAAAAAUGAUCGUCUUGUUUCACUAGAUAUUUUUCGAGGUCUUACCGUCACACUUAUGGUAUUUGUGGAUCAUGCUGGUAGACUCUUUCCAGGGAUUAAUCAUUCGCCAUGGAAUGGCUUAACAUUAGCAGAUUUUGUCAUGCCAUUUUUCCUUUUUAUUGUUGGUGUCUCACUUGCACUCACAUACAAGAGAUUAUCUUCUGGAAUUAUUGCAACUAGAAAGGCAAUUCUACGAGCUCUUAAGCUUCUAUCAAUAGGUGUUUUUCUUCAAGUUAGGGUUGUUAAAUGGAGAAUUGCUAUAGCAUAUUUGGUUGCGGCAUUAUGUGAAAUUUGGUUGAAGUGUAAUGAUUCUGUUAAUUCAGUUUUGUCCCUAUUAAGGAAGUAUAGAUACCAGGGUUACAUAGUCAAAUGUGGUGUAAGGGGUGACACAGGACCAGCUUGUAAUGCUGUUGGAAUGAUUGAUCGAAAGAUUUUAGGUAUACAACAUUUGUACAAGAAACCAAUAUAUGCAAGGAAGCAUGAAUGUAGUAUUAAUUCUCCUAAUUAUGGACCAUUGCCUCCUAAUGCUCCUUCUUGGUGUCAAGCCCCUUUUGAUCCUGAAGGAUUUUUGAGUUCUCUGAUGGCUGUUGUAACCUGCUUUGUUGGCCUCCAUUAUGGGCAUAUUAUAAUUCAUUUUAAGGACCAUAGAGUGAGAAUUUUUCAGUGGAUGUCCCUAACUUGUUUUCUUGUAAUUUUGGGGCUAAUAUUGGACAUAAUUGGUAAGCAUAUUAUUCUUUUACUUAGUUGUUUUUAUUUUGUUGAUGUUUGUGGAUAUAGAUACAAGAUUAGUUUUCUAGAAUGGAUGGGUAAGAAUGCACUAUUGAUUUACAUAAUUGCCACUUGCAACCUCAUUCCUGUUGUGCUCCAAGGAUUUUAUUGGGGAGAACCUCGCAAUAACAUUUUCAAGUUGAUUGGUAUUGGACGUUGAAUGAAGUAUGGCAAUCAAAGUUGGUGGAUGGUUUAGGUCAAAAAGAAGAUGUAACAAUAUUUGACCUUCUCUUUCAUUGGAUGACUUCAUCUUCAUGGUUGUGUAAAUCAGUUUAAGUAUUUUUAGAUUUUUUUUGUAUCAUAAGAUAGAUAGUAUUCACAUAUUCAAUGACAGAUUACU